AAGUGUAUUUUCCAGUAAUGGUGGUUAGCUGUACAUCGAUUAUGAGUAUCUUAUUUUAAGAUAACAUACGCUUGAACAUUCAAUUGAUAUUAAAUGAACGUGCCUGUGUUGCUAGUGAUUUGCAAGGAAGAUUUAUUUGAACGUACAAUAACACCCACUUGCUUCCCGCCACUGUGGAAUUCGUCUGACCCGGAACGGUAAACUCGUUUUAUUAUGCUGCGCAGACACCUUACCUUCCCCAGUGUAUAAUAAACUUAUUUCACCUUAACACCAGCACCAAUAUUAUUACGAAGAAGCUUAAUCAAACUAAAUAUACGAGUAGUUUACAGAGCAUAAUUGAUAAUAUUAAUAAGAGGAAUACAAACACAUCCAUUAUUAUUUUCGCGACGGCAGAAGAGCUAACAGUGGAGCUUACAGGUAUCAUGGCAGAGAGGGGCCAGUGAAAACAAACCAUCGCCAAGGAAGGGUAGCGAGGGACAAUGAGCGGUUUUAACCCCGGUCCUCGGGUUGUGACCAUCUACAAAACUGACACGGGGUUCGGGUUCAAUGUCCGAGGUCAGGUGAGCGAGGGUGGACAGUGGAGACCGAUCAAUGGGGAGUUAUACCCACCUCUGCAGCAUGUCUCGGCCGUGUUGGAAGGAGGGGCUGCUGAACAAGCUGGUAUACGCAAGGGUGACCGUAUUCUCGAAGUGAAUGGAGUGAAUGUUGAGGGUGCUGAACAUCGUUAUGUUGUGGAACUCAUUAAACAAGGCGGUGAUGUGCUCAAACUAACUGUAAUAUCUGUAUCAAGAAAGGAAGCAGAGAGGUUAGAACCAAGUGAAGAAACCUCGGGAUUUUCUUACAUCGAUUACAGUGAAAAACGUUCACUUCCAAUAUCAAUUCCCGACUAUUCUUACAUAGAAACUGGUGGAGAUAAAUAUGUAGUAUUUAAUAUUUACAUGGCUGGGCGUCAUUUGUGCGCUCGCAGAUACAGAGAAUUCUCCAAUUUACACAAUAAUCUUAAAAGGGAGUUCAUGGACUUCAACUUUCCCAAAUUACCAGGAAAAUGGCCCUUUUCGUUGUCUGAACAGCAAUUAGAUGGGCGACGUAGAGGGUUGGAACUAUACCUUGAGAAAGUUUGUGCUGUAAGGGUAAUAGCAGAAUCGGAUAUUAUGCAGGAUUUUCUUAAUGAUUCUGAUGAUCACCAAGGCAACAGUAUUCGUGUGGACCUGAAGGUGCUGUUGCCGGACAAGAGUGUAGUGACGGUUACUCAGGCUAAGAAUGUUCUUGCUCAUCAAGUUUAUCAAGCUGUGGUGGAAAAAAUUAACAUACCUCCAGAAACGGCUAAAUGUUUUGCACUUUUUGAGAUUGUAGAAUAUAAUUUUGAACGAAAAAUUAGUGACGACGAGUUCCCUCAUAACUUGUACAUUCAGAACUACAGCACAGCAACAGCAACAUGUUUAUGUCUUCAUCGAUGGAUCUUCAAUCCUCACCGAGAACUUCGGUUGUGCAGCUCGGAUGAUACUGCACAUACAUGGCUGUUCUGGACAGCAGUAGAGGAUGUUAACCGAGGCCACGUCAAACCGACAGAUCAAUUGUAUCAGUUAAAGGCGCUUCAAGAUGUGGCUCGCAAAGAACAGUAUUUGCAGGUAGUUCGUGGAUGUGAAGGCUAUGGUGAUAUUGUGUUCCCCCACUGUCCCUGCGACUCCCGCAAGAAAGGGCACGUUGCUGCAUAUGUGGGCUACAAGUCAUUCAGGUUGCAAGCAUGUAAAGAAGAUGGCACAUUACAAACACAGGUAAUCGAUUUUGCUUGGUCCACGAUUGAGAAGUUUGAGGUGGAUGAUGAAGCAAUGGCAUUUUGUUUUCUCUACAGGCAAACGGAAGAUCUUAUCAGAUGGGUCAAAAUAUUUACACCCUAUUAUCAUUUUAUGGAGGAAUGUUUCCAACGUAUCCAAGAAGAACAGCAGUGGACGUAGGGAGCUGAAAGUCAUAGCAGAAUAAGUGUAAAGUAUAUGAGGAUAUAUAUAAAUAUAUAUAUACAGUAUAUAUAUAUAUACACAAAGCUGAAUAUGUACAAGACAGAGAGAGGGACAUCUUGGGGUUGGCUGUCUAAUUUUCAGCUACGUUAUUGUGACUUACUGUCUGCAUCUUGAAAACUAUUUAUGUUGUCACAUAAAAACCCAGGUAUGAAAAAUUAGGGAGGUGGGGGGUGGGGAAGGGGGUCCUUACCUUGAUGUGGUUUCGGGGCUUAGCAUCCCCGAAUGUGAUGCUACUUAGCAUUCCCUGGUCCUCGACCAGGCUGCGAGGUCAAAACAUGAUUUCAAUGUAACUUGGAGUGAGUUUAAAAUAAGGGAUAUAUAAUUUUGUAGGCAGUUGGAGGAAACUACACAAUUUUAACAAGACAGGGAGUUGCAUAGGAAUUGGCUGAAAUUGUCACUAGUUUACCCCCCCAUAUGUAAGCAACUCGAACACUGUUAAAAUGUGCUUGAAUAAACUUUGUAUUUAUAAAUCUACAUUAAUUUAUUGAGCAUAUAUCAUUGCUAGGAGGCUGGCAAACUUGUUCAGGCUAACAAUACACUUUCCAACUUCUUCCAUCUCCCAACUCGUGGCACAUUAUAACAUAUCAGGUAUGUAACACAAAGCAUUUGAUAUUCAUUAGGUGAGUUGUACUGUACAUCCAUAUUUAAUACAUUGUAAGCAGUUUAUAAUUAAAUAGAUGAGAAGUAGCAUUGCUGUCUUGCUGUGUGACUACUCAUAUUUCAGUAUCAUACAUAUUUCCAUAAACCUCUUUGUAGCUUACAUAAUAACUGUUUGUGUUCAUAUCUCAUACCUUGUUUCAUAUGCUCAUUCUUGCAUUUGUGUAAUCUCUUCACCAGUAUCUCUCUCUCGUGGCUUUAGAAUGCAACAAACAAAAGGUGUACAUUUCCUGUGCAUUCCCUGUCUUGACUUCACGGUGUGUACUACUUUUCAGUUAAGUGUAAUUGGGAGGGAAGAUCUAAAUAUUUUGAUCCAAGUUUCAUUUGUGUUUAGCCCAAAAGUUUUCAAGUUUUCCAGGUGUGAAUGAUAUAUUUUUAUCUUCAUAAGCUUUUUGAUUUAUUUUAUCACAAUGAAAUGAAAUUAAAGUUGAUAUUUUGUUACACAGAUUUACCAUUUACUUAAGCAAUAUGAAGAUACCUGACAAUGUUUGUGCAAAACUAUCAAUGGUAGUAACACUGCUUGUCCUUCAUAAGUUGGAGGAUAGGAGGUAUCUAGUCUCAAAGAAGCUUAAGGUAUGUACAUGAUGUGUAAAUGAUGUUAGAUGCCAAUAAGAGUUUAAGAAUGCAUAUCCAAAGAACCAUUCAUUGAUCUGUGCAUAGUAGGAUGUUAGAACCGCUGUGAAACCGCAGAUGGAAUGGGGAUGCGUAAUGUUAUUUAUCCUGUAGCCAUGUUUUAGCAGGUUUUGCCAGUCACUAUAUUCAAUGUUUCCUAGCUAUGUAUAAAACACUGAUGGUUCUCUCCUGUAUUAAUUCUUUUCAAUUGCUAAAGAAUAUAUUUUAAUGUAAUAAGUUUGAUUCAUAGUGGAGACAACCAAGCUAUUGUUGAGAAGCCCAGCACUGUGAUCCUCCACAACCCAGUUACCUAAUGGCCUCAUUAAUAUUUGAACAAAAACAAAAAAACAAACAAAAAAAAUCUGUAUAAUUUAUAAUUUGUUUAGAGUUUAUAUGCAAAUAGCUUGCAUUUUUUCUUGCAUUUGUGUCACAUUAAUUAAUUAUGAAAACCAUAGAUUAUCAUUGGCAAAAGUGAUAAUUGUAUUCUAGAAAAUUAUGUAUUUUUAAUUAUUUUAUUUUAAUAUGUUAAUAAUUGUGCAUAGUUUUGUUAGAAACUUAUUUUGAAAUAUUAGCAUAUUGACUGUGAACAUUAUAUGCAUUUUAUGUAGUUUUUCUUUGGCAAUAAAUAUAUAUUAGUAUAUAUGUUAUAUAUACAUGUUAUAAAUACAUAUGUAUAUUAUAUAUAUAUAUAUAUGUAUAUAUUAUACAUAUAUAUGUAUCUUGAGUUUUUGGCAUAUGUAUAUAUAUAUAUGUGUGUGUGUAUAUAUAUACAUACACAAAUUCUUUAUCAAUGUAAAUUAUAAAAUUAUGGUAGAUGUAUUUUUGUAUUCAACAGUACACAUCACUAGAAAUUGGCAUUUGAAAUGCUUUUAUUAAAAUUUUAAUAUGGCCAAAUUUUUCCCAUGUACAGUAAACACCAAAGCCACAUCUAGAAAUGGCAAAAGUGAUAAUGUCGAAGUCCAUCCUAGACCUUGGCAAUGGUCUAAGAUUGUCGGAAGUGGUGUCGGUUUUCCCGUUCGUAAUGUGUGGGUUUGGCGUUUGUGUUCCUGCCAUGUUAUUGCGAUUUAUUCUUUUAAUUGUAUACUUAACAACCAGAGUUAAAGAAAUAUAAUAACUGCAAAUUGGAAUUAACAAUUUUAUUUUAUAGAGAAAAACUAAUUGGUGUGAAUAUUGACCUUAUGCUCCUCUAAACAAAUUUUGAUUUACUUAAAUCGUUUUAGUUUGAAAUCUUGUUUUAUGGACAUUCCACUUUGAGAACAUGUGUUAUUAUUUUUAAGCUAGUCUUUUUGGAUAUUUACAAUGCUAGGUUAUUUGGCUGAUCACAAGAAGUUUAUUUUGAAGAUUUAUAUUGUUUUUGACAUAUGACAGUAGAUUUAUCCAAAGAUUGUGAAUGCAUUUUCAAAUGAUAUCUAAAGCUUUAUCAUAUACUCUUAGCAAUAUACAAGCAACUGAAGCCAUACAAGACAGCUGAUGUAUGAUACCAUAAAUGAUAUCCCAUUGUUUCUCCUGCCCAUUUCAUGAUAUUUAUUAAUCUGCAGUCACUUAGCGUGUAAUUCCAUUCCUGUGGUAGUUACUUUUACUCUCUAACGCUUAAAACUGGCUUUCAGUGCCAUAGAGGCUGUUGGUGUCAAAUGCCUACAGAAAGGAUGGUGUUGGUAUUAGAUGUCAACAGAAAGAGCCAUAGUUUUUGAAUCCCGUAUUUUUCUAUUUAAAUGAAGAUAAAUCCUUAAUAAUCUGUCUCACAAAUGAGUGUUAUGAGGUAUAGAUUUGUUAGUGAGGGAUAGAUUUAUUUUAUCAAUGCAGCUUUCUUUGUAUAAUUGUUGUGACUUAAACUCUCAGUGAAAUAUACGUGUUCAAACCUGAGGUAUCACUGGAUAAGACUUCUGUACCAAAGAUUUCAAAAUGACCAAGUAGGAUUUAUCAGAGGUGUGAAUUAUAACUUUUUCAAUUUUUACCUAUGUUCCGAGUGUUAGUAGAGAAGGUUGAAUGAUUUCUUGUCUUGACUACUCCAUCCAAAUCUUUGAUUCAGUUGUUGUUAUUGGCAUCUUUUCUCAUACUUAAAGCAGGGUGGUGUAUGCUUGUUAUUUCUUGUGCCAUCCAAAUUAAGAUUCUUUUUUUUUUUGUCUGGUCAAAGAUAUACAGUAUUUAAUUUUAUUAUUUUUACCAUAUUACUUAGUUUAAACUAUAACAAGGGAUCAAGCUUUUAUUGAACAUGUGUGUUUUGUCCUGUAUGUUUUGAGUCGUCUCUGUGAAUGUUCAUAGUUAAACACUAUUUAUGCUGAUUUAUGUAACAGCACACUAUUAUAUUCAAAUGCAUGCAUACAUUUGAUGUAUAUAUCUACAUGCCAUAUUUAUGAUGCAGGGUACUAUGUACCUAUUAAAUCAUCUACAUUCACAUUGUAUAUA